CCCAGAGUCACUACUAGUUGCGCGCGAUAGUAAUUAUUAUGGUGCGCGCGGUACGAUAAUUAUCGUACGGAAGCGGGGCGACACUGACUGCGGAGCGCGCCGCAGUCAGUCCGUAUCAUGCGUUUCGCCGCGACACCCAUAGAACCGUCGGCCAGCAGCGUACCAUUUUGUUGCCGUCAGGUUGCCGGUGGAGCACGUAGUGCCGUUCUCUCGUUCCGCGUACGACGACGCGAUUAACAAUAUUAUUUUUAUUAUUACUUUUUUUUUUUCUACAUAAACCCGACGAUACGGCAAAAAAUACAUAAUUAUUAUAGUUCUAUUUUUACUGUUAAAAAAAUAUAAUACACGAAUAAUACGUGAUUAUUAAUUGAUUGAUUGAUUUUUUUUUUUUCGAAUUUUCUAUUCGCCCGUGUUUUCGGUUUCGCGUGAAUAUUUUAUUAUCAGCCGUCCGCGUGUUAUUAUUAUUAUUAUUAUUAUUUUUUUUUGUUAACUCGACAGUUCGCCGUCAAUAUUAUUAUUAUUUUUUCCAUCCCGGGAUAAUCAUCAUCACUCGUCGUCACUCGUCGUUGGUCGCGCCGCGUGUUGUGUUCUUCAGAAGAGGAAAAUAAGAAAAGUCGCGAAAUUUGUCGUAAAAUCGUUGUGCGUGUGUCGUUUCCGCGGUGUGCGCGCCCGGGUAAAUGAAUCGUUUCCCGACCGUCGUCGAAGUCCAGUGUAACCCGUCGACUUCUUGACGCACGCCGAACGACGCUUUGGGAUUCCGCAGCGGGACCUACCCAGACUAUCCGGACCGUAAGGUAAGGAGGAAGUUAUUUUAUUAUCGGGCCGUCCGAAAAAGAAAAAAAAAAAAAACGUCCGGUUCUUGUGUAUCGUCGAUACCGUAUCGGGAUCGUUGCGAACCGUAACGGGUACCUAUAGCGUUAUGAAAAAAAAAAAUAAAUAAUAACAAUAAGUUCCGGGGGUCUAUGUCGCGCACCGGGUGUUUAAGACGAUUAUUGUUGUUAUUGUUGUUGUUGUAUUUAUCGGUUUUAUUGAAUUCGUAUAAAAUUCCGUUGCGUAAUAAUAACAAUAUGGAGACCGUGCGUUCGCAUAAAAGGCCGUCUAACCUUUCUAUAAUCAUAUAACGGGUGUCCGUAGUAACACGCAGAGGUGGCGUUUUUUUUUUUUUUCGCCUCUUUUCCCUUCUCCGUCGCGCUACCCGGCAGGUACAGCCGAAAUACAGAAGAAUCCGUGCCGGCCGAAAGCGUAACCGGAAAACGGACCCACGAGAAUCCCGCCCGUGUCCACCUCGCGCAUCCCCGUAGUUUUUUUUUUGUUUUCUAAGGGUUUUUAUUGUCACUAUAUUGCACUAUUAUCGGCGCACCGGCCGCGACAUUAUCGGUGCCGGCCCGCUCGAACAGGUGUCGUCGCCCACCCCUGCUGCGAGCCGUCCGAAGGGCCGGCGUUCCGUCCUAGGUAGCACAGGUACCCCCGCCCCCCUCACGCAAUGCGUUUUUCGGCGGGACUGUCGGGUGGGGCGCUAUUGUAUUAUCAUUGUAGUUCCACAUAACAGGCCGGGCACUUAUUCAAAAGACGGACGGGAAACGCGCGGGGAUCUCCGCAUUGUACACGGAUAAUAAUAACGCCGGCUUAUAGUUUUUACGAAUAAAGACGCGGACGUUGCGAAUUCGUUUUUCGUUUUUCGUUUUUAUGGCCCGCGGCCCAACGAACCCGAAAUGGCAUCACGACCGUAUACCGACAACAGCAAUAAUAACCGAUAUUAUUUAUUACGGAACGUAACGCCGAACGGGCGCGCGCCGCGUACAAUAAGGCGCGCGCGCCUCGUCGAAAGGGUUGGCCGCACUGGUUAUUGGUCACGCACGUCACACGAGCGACGGCGGCGUCGUUCGUAUUUCCUGUUCCGCGAUCAUAACGAUUGUGUCGUAUAUAAUAAUAAUAAUAAUAUAAUACAUUAUUAUAUUAUUAUUAUUAUUAUUAUUAUUAUAUAGGUACAGUGUGUUGGCCCGGAGGCGGUUGUUGCCUAUGUAGGAAGAGUGUGGAUACACGACGGCGUGCGGUGCGUCGGCGGCGACGGCGGUCGGUGGCGUAGAAGGAACCGCGUAGCUGUAGGAGUCGGCGGGGCGGUGUGCGUACGUACUACGCGCGUGCGGGUAGGACGGGGCGGGUGGUGCGCGAGAGAGGGCUCCCGAGACGACGACGACGACGACGACGAGAUGCGUUCUUUUCCGCCGCCUCCGUUGCCUCCCUUUCUCGUCGAACGCUAUUGUCCUACGGUUGACCUUGACUGCACACGCACACGCACACACACACACACACACACACGCAUACGACCGGAUUCCGGACGGACUUCCACACAGACGCACACACACGCCGCCGUGUUCCACGUCCGCGUCGAUCGUUAUUAUAAUACACAUUAUUGUUUUGUUACGUCAAAAUACAUAAAUAAAUAAUACAUAUUUCAAACGUGUGUUUAUUUCCCGGGCGUACGAUUAUUGUUGUUUUUUUUUUUCCUUCUGAAAACACUACGUUUCCGCGGGGAGGGUCAAGGUUUUCGUAUUCGCCAUCCGUUCGCGAAAACGCGCGUGUCCGUAACACAUCCCCUCCUCACCCUCCCGGUCACUUUCUCGCGUAUUAUUAUUUUUCGUUUAUCUGCGCUGAUAAUUAUUAUUGUUUACACUCCGGUCGUUUCUAAUAACGGCUCGACCGACAGACACCCGCGGUAGUAGGGGAUGUGGGAGGAGGAAAGCUCGUACGGGGUUUACGUAUUGUUCCCGUUUCGUGCCGUCGCAAAGACGAACACGCCGCGCGUCCGUCAAGAAAUAAUUAUUACCAUAGGAAGUGGGAGAGACGACAAAGAAUACGGGCGCGUUGUGUCAUCGUCGUCGUGUAUUCGGGAAGCUGCCGCCGGAGCGACCGCUGACGGAAUGUUCGGGAGGUUGACGGGGUCGGUGGGGCGGGUUGCGGGCGGUCUACAGCCGCGGGCGGGGGGGCGGUGUCGGCGGCGGCGGUGCGGGCGGGAUAACGAAAAAACAGAAAAGGAAACGGCCCCGUUCCCACGGUUCGGUGUCUGGGGCGCCCCGUCUGAGCGUUCAUCUCGCGCGCGCGGUCGGUCGGCCGGCGAGGCGCGGGGUACAAGGGAUUCCUCGCCGCUUCUUUCUUCUUUUUUAUCGCCGCGGCCGCCGUCGCACCCCUACGACACGCCGGCGACGGUGGAACACCUGCUCGCCGUUCUUCGUCACACAAAAGGGACGCCGCACUCCCCCUCACCGCGGCGGCAACAGCCGCCGACCGGUUCGUAACGCGUAGCGGCGGCGGGGGGGCGGUAAUCUCGACGAUAUGACACAUAUUUACGAUUACGAUUAUUUGUAUUUUGUUUCCCUCUCGUCGCCGCCCGUCUCGUCGUUAUUCGCCCCCGAGUGUCGCGACGGGGUCGUCGUCGCGUUUUGAUUCCGAACGGUUUUUAUUUUUUUUUUAGUCUCGUAACAACUUACAACGCAGAGGUACCGUCGUCCCGCGGGGUGUUGCGCCGUCGUGUUUUUGAAGCCCGACACUUGUUCUGCCCGAGCACCGCUCACACUCUGGGUACGUUCGAUUUUUUUUUUUUUGUUUUUUUUCUAUCUACAAAACUAAUUAUGCAUCGUGACGACGAUCGAUGACAAUUUUCGUUGUUGCCGUUCGAAAGGAAACGGAUACGACCGCGGCGCGUUUCGAGACGCGCCCGGUUAAUAAGGUCAAUUUUAUUAUUUUUUUUUUUUGCAUUUUUAAAUAUUUUAAUAACCGACGGAUUCGUUCUGCGCGACCGGGCACCCCCUCCACUAUCAUUAUUAUUCAUACGCGGCGUCAUUGAAUGCAAAUCGCGUCCCUUCCGGUUCCUUUCGUCCGCGCGCGCGCGUCCGUCGCCGACCCGAAUAAAUGUCGGCGGUUUUCCGCGUCACGUGGGGAGUAGGGAAAAAUCGUAAACGUUUCCGCACAAAGCGCUAUUAUUUAUAGCGGUGAUGUUGUUAUUAUUAUUAUUAUUAUUAUUAUUACUAUACAGCGACCGAUAAGAAGCGGUGCACACACGCCGAGAGAAACCCGUUUCGGUCUCUUCUCUCCCGCCGCCACGCCAACAUGUGGCGGCGGAGUAACAUGACCUGUUGCUGCGCGCGCCGCAGAGCGGAAGUUCCAAUACGCGUGUGUUUGUGUGUGUGUGUGUGUGUGUGUAUGUGUGUGUGGUGUGCGUCUGCGUCUCUGCGUUCGUCGUGUCUGGCUGCGUUUGUGUGUACGGCGCGCGCGCGCGCGUUUGUGUAUGUGUGUGUGUACAAAACUAUAGGCCCGGGACAAAGAACCGCGCGUUUGCCGCCGCCGCCGCCCGUCGUCGUCGUCGUCGUCCAAGGUUAACCGCCGCCGCGUCUCGGUUUUCCUCCCGUGUUGUGUUUGUGUACAUAUGCGCGCGUACGUGUACGGCUCGUGUAAUAUGUGUAUACGGUGUGUGUGUGUGUGUUGUCGGUCGGCCGGUGUAAAAUAAACGAGAGCUCUCGACACAAAGACCGAAAAAAAAAAUAAAAAAAUGUAUAAAAAUUGUGUCCGCCCGUAUUCCACUUCGACCUCCUUCGGGCCGCCGAACACGGCGUUUUGUACCGGUAGUAUUAUUCGGAACGGCGACGGUAAAACAAUUAAUGCGCCCCGCGAGUUCCUACGCGUUAAGAGACCAUACUCGGUGCGGGAUUAGAAAUCCUACGCGUUUUGACACGGCGCGUACGGGACGGAUCGACAGGGUUACUAGCCGGCCGCGAUUAAGAUCGCGACAAGACUCGUCCACGGUAAAAAUUAUGGUAAAAAAGACGGAAUAUCGGCGGAUUAUUGUCGCAACGCAAUAGGAUUUUUUUUUUUUUGUUUAAGGCACCUGCCGCCCGCCGGUUCCGAACGUUAUCCGGGCGGAUUAAAUUUCGAAAAAUACGCUAGCGCCCCGCCGCCGUUCGGACCGACGGAAUUGUUGAGGGGGGGGGGAAUGAAAAAAUUCCCCGAAAAAUCGAUACUUGACCGUUUCUCCCGCGGAAGGUAAUAUGGUGGGCGGCGAGUGACUCGCGAGAACGAAUUUUCUAACGACUGACGGUAUUUUUCGGUUCGCUCGUCCACGUAUUCAAACGGUAUAAUAAUAUUAUAAUACCUGUGCGUCCGUCGGCGAAAAGAGGGCAAACGUUGUGCAGUAAGAAACGACGCAGAAAGAAAAAAAAAAAAAAAGAGACCGGAAAGACGGUUGGGUAGGGAAAAGGAUAUUAAUACCGGCGGCGUCGACGGUCCGCGGGCGCGCGCGCGCUCGUUUCCUGUACGACCGGAAGUAGUGUUUCUGUGUAUUAUACUGCGGCGGCAACGAUGUAACACAUACACACACACACACGCGCGCGCGCGUAUAAUAUAAGAGUUUAUUUUAUUUAUUUUUUUUUUCCCUAUUUCUCGACGGGAAGUGCACGCCAAGAAGUUUUCGUCCGGCGGCACGUCGUUUUACCGUUCUAUUUUUACCGAUCCGUGUGCGCCGCGCGCGUCUAAAACCGUCGCCGUGUCGGUUGGUCGUCUUCGUGUCUAUUAUGAAAACCUAGUGAAAAAAAAAAAAAAAAUGAUAACGAUACAUAGGGGAAAGAGAGGAGCGGGUCCGCGAUUAUAAUAUUAUUAUUGUUACAAGUGUGUCGUCGUCGAAAACCGCCGGAGUAAUGCCGCGCGCGAAAUAACUUGUUUUUUGUUCGGUCAAAAAUAUAGCGAAAAAAAAAAAACUAAAAAAAAAAAAAAAAAAAAAAAAAAAAAAACCCCAGAAAAAAUUUUAAUAAUCGUUUCAACUACAUAAUAUUAUAUACAGGGUGAUUUCCAUAUAUUUUAAUAGUUUUGCCUUCUCGGAUAAGAUUCGUUUACGUUGGAUUUCUUCAUAAUACGACGCGUUUCUAUUUACUUUUUUUUUUUGUGUGUGUCUGUAAACGACUUUUUCAACAGAAAUCUCGCCUCGAUCGAAAAAUGUAAACUUUCUUGUGGCGUUUCGUCGAUUUUCCUUGUUGUUUUCGUUUAUAACAAUUUCUGUCGAUAUCCGUGGGACAACGGGGCGAAUUUACUCCGAUCAAAAUCGUUUUUCGUUAGCCUUGUUUUUGAUCGUUACGAACGGACAUAUAAAUGGGAAUUGCCUGUGUACGUCUCUUCCCUUCCGGAUUUUCUCCUGAAACGAUGGCACGCCGCCCGUCAGCAGCUGUAUCUCAGUGAUACGAACGAUAACAAGUGCGACUUACUCUACUUCUAUUAAAUUCGAUUUUUUGUUUUUCUUUGCAAUAUACGGGGGAAUCGUUUUAACGCCGUUUGUUUAGAACCACCGUCGCGCCUUUAGAUUUAAACCGGUCGCGCGGGACAAAAGAACCAUUCUGUAUAAUAUAUAUUAUUAUUGUAACCUUUUGUCAGACGCGGGCUCAUUUUUUUUUUUUUCGUAAUCUAAUACCCAGCGCACCCGAAGAAAACAAUAAUAUUAUAUAUUAAUAAUAAUAAAUCGCAUUACACAUUUUCUAUCGGCGGCGUAUAUAAAAAAUAUUCUGUCGAUUUUUUUUUUUUUUUGAUUUUGUUACUAUCGAGAAGAUAAUAAUAUAAUGGAAACUACUGUAGUAACAUAAUACAAUAAUAUCGGCGGAGAUCCCGUACCUACGGUUUUUUUUUUUUUUUUACUACGUGUUGGUAAUUUUUCGAAUAAAAAAAAAACGGAAUGUUGCGUCGCCAUCGCAGUCAGUUUUCUCGCGUCCGCGGUAAGAAAUACUACGAGGAAAUAUCGUUGCGUAUUAAUAUUUUUUAUUAUUUCCCUCCCCCCGAACCUAUAAUUUUCGUGGGUAAUAUUUUCCCGGCGUACACGUUCGUCCGUUUUGCAUCGACGGGUAAUACAUGUUUUAAAUCAGUUGACGAAAACAACAACAAAAAAAAAAAACGUGUUCUGUGUACCAAAUUACGAGACGACACAGUCGAACGAGCAUCGCUGGAUAUCUUGGACGUAUUUCGUUUGAAAACUCCGCGAAUGUUUCAAUAAUUUUGAAAUUGCGACGAUUUUUUUUCGCCGUUUCAUACGAAAAUUGGUCUCGAACGUAAUAUUAACAGUAAAGUAUUAUACCUAAUCCCCUAUAAUUUUUAUUUGGAUUUUCAAUAGCAAAAACUUCAUUUACGCCGCCGAUUUGAUUGCUGUGACCGCACAGGAAUGCACAAAACUACAAAUAUUGCAGGUUUCGUAUUAUUCCUAUUCUCGAACGAUUUCAAAUUUGUAGAAAAUAAAACAACACGUUCGACGGGUUCGGGGACGUCACAUAAUAAUAAUCGGAAAAGCUCAAGGGAGUAAAAAAGGGGACGAUUCGGAAAGCCCGACGGUUGGGGGCACGACGGACACGUAUAACGGCCAAGUGUAAUAAUGGCGGCAAAAAUCGUGUCAUUAGAACGGAGAAAUUUGAAUCGAAUGCAUAUUUCGUCGACCGGGCGUUAUCCCGUACGGCGAUAAGACGGUGACGACCGUAUUGUUAUCAUUUUCGCAAAAGACGAUGGCGAACGGUUUACGGGCUCUUUGUCACCGGUCUCGGCAAUCUGUAGUAAUAAUAAUAAUAAUAAUAAUCGCGAAUCCAGAACAAAUCGGUAAUGAUAUAACAAUAUCGUUCAAACAAUCCGAUAAUAAUAAUAAUACGGCGUGUGCGGCGCUCCUAUAUAAUAAAGUUGACUGAUAACGAGAUCUUUUUUUUCUUUUUUUUGUCUGUUUUUAUAUCCGUACAUUCCCCGCGGUCGUCGCUGUCGUUUAAUUAUCAUAAUAACAAUAGUAGCGGUGGUGCCUCGGUGGAUAUUUCUAGAGAAUUGUGAUUUUACGUUAUUUUCAACCGACCCGUGUAUAAAUAAAACGUCAUUAUUAUUAUUAUUAUUCGGAUACGAAGACUCGAAACUAGAGUUUUGCGAUAACGCGGUCUUUUUCGGGCCGUCUACGAAAUAAAAAUAGAAGACGGACACUGUUUUUCGUCUAUUUUUAAAAGUCGCCCGGUUCGAAAAUACGGCCCGCCGUUAUUAUAGCGGCGGCGAUAAGAGUAACGAGUUAUCAGCAACGGCGUACCGAACAAACACAUUUAUUAUUAUUGUUAUUACAGUUUGUGGUACCUACCACAUACACUCGCCGAAAACACCAAAGUGUUUUUUCUAUUUUAUAAAUAAAAAUCGCGUACACAAUAACAAUAAUAACAGAAAUGACGCUUUACCGCGCGUUUGCAUAACCGUUCAAAACAGUAAUAAUAUUUCCUGUUUUCCGGCCGUUAUAAUGGAGGUUUGGGAACAGAAACAGUAAAAAAAAAACCAAAUAAAAUUCAAACGAAUUUAUCCUGUCCGCGGGUCCCGGGUACGGAAAUAAUGGUACGAAUAACUAUUAUGUUUGUUCGACUGCUACUGAUAACGUUGUCGUUCUAAUCGGCCGAACGCGAUAAUGGUAUCGUAGCGUACGUUUUUCGGCGGUUCAAGGUGUUUUUCGAAGGUUCUCGUCGAACCAUAAUACAUUUCGCAUUAAUUUGUUGUCCGCCCACAAUAAUAUUAUAACGUUCGGUUGGCGGCAAACACCGGAAAUCCCGUUAUUCGGUUUUCCGUGCGCGGCGUUCAAGUUCGAGGGCAAUUUCGUUCGCGCGCCACAGCCGUCGGAAACAGAAAUAUUCACGGCGGCCGUGCAGGAUGUACGCGAAACGCGCGACCUCGGCCCGUCUUUGUUUCUCGAGUAGAGGGGCCGACGGAAGAAAGAAAUAGAAUAAGAAGUCAUGAUACGCCCGACAUUAUUAUUAUUAUGUGUGCGGAUAAAUACCGGAAGCGUCCCGGAACGGAAACACGGCACGAUAGUUACCGUCGGCGUGUUAUUUCGGAAUGUUCUUCGGUAAAAGUAACACGAUAGAUAGCGGCAGGCGGAGGCGGACGGGUUUUCGGUCUCUUGUCGCCGUCGCGGUUGAAACCGCGGGUAUUCCGGUCGUUAAAACGCGGUAACGGCGGUCGGUCGCGCCGCAUCCGGCUCUUCCCGGAGACGACGUCCGGCCUGCGAUCCUCUUCCCCCUCCACGCCGCCGAUCGACUUUCUCGGCGGUAAAACGAGCGCCGAACGACGGCGGUGCACACGCACACACAGCACCGCAACGCGAAAACCGGCGUGCGUGCGUGCUGUACACCCACAUGAUGACAAUAAUAAUAAUAAUAAUAACAAUAAUAUGCUCCGGCCGUAGGGCCACACGAGAACGGCUAUCGCACGAGCGCGGCCGUCUUCGCGCAUCGUCUCUCAAGUAUUUACGGUCAUUCCGAGACGGCGAAAACGGCGAACAAUCUUUUUGUCCCGAGAAAAACCACCAAACGACCGCCGCCGUCUUCGCGCAUCGUCUCUCAAGUAUUUACGGUCAUUCCGAGACGGCGAAAACGGCGAACAAUCUUUUUGUCCCGCGAAAAACCCCCAAACGUCCGGCAUUAUUAUUAUUAUUUUUUUUUUUUUCCCCGUCGUUCGGCCUGUAAAGGCCGGGGAGGGGGAGAGGGGUUCCGUGCCAAUUACGACAAUCAUGUUCCGCCGCCGUCUCGUUCGUUCGAGAUUUCCGUUGCGUUUCGCCCCGGGUAUUAAUCGCCAUCCGUUUACGUUUUCGUAAUAUCGAAACGUCGCGCUGCGGGAACGACAAUAUCGUCGCGGCGCUUCCGUUUGCGUGUGCUGUUUCCGCGUACGCGCUAAACGAUCACCUUGCGAGAUUCGCGAGCGCGCGCACUCGAGUAGCGCACCGCCCACACGCGCCGCGCGCCGAACCGACCUGGGUAUCGUGUGGCGACGUCCUAAAACGACACGCGUCCAAUGCACGUGCAAUCGCCGCCGGCGUCGUUCGUCGAAAUUACGUCAACGCUCGUCGUCCGCCGCCGCCCCCGCGGGCCCGUUUUAAAAUAGUUUUACCCGGAAUUUUUUUUUUUGAAAAAAAAAAUAAAUAAAUAAUAAAAAAAAACCACGAAAUCGGACGACGGGCAAUCGAGACGUGUGUGUGUGUGUGUGUGUGUGUGUGUGGUAAUAGUCGAGCGUGAACGCGAAAACGUCGCGGUUUUUUUUUUCCUGCAUUUUACCGCCGACCGAGAUGAUGAUACCCGUGUAAAAAACAAUAUUGUACGCGGCAAUGUUUUGUGCGAACGAUCGAACGGAGAAAACGAAAUCGAUACAAAACCCUUUUACUUUUCCGCGGUCGAAAAACUUCCUAGCCGCGGAGAGGAAGGGCUAGAUACCCGGUAGUUCUGACUUACCCCCCGAUCUCCUCCCUUCCAGUAAAGCGUAACGAAAAAAUCCGCGGUAAAAGUGAAAACCUGUUUUGCCCACUGACCAGUGACGCGGUUUUACGCGGUAUCCGAAAAGGUCGCGGACGGAAACACGGAUAUUAACAACGUUGAACGGGGAGGGCUGCAGUCGUUCGACAACGAUACGACAAAAAACGAUAGGGAUCAAUGAUAACGGUCCCAAAGAGUAUUAUCUGUGCGUAUGUUUAAUCGUAUUUUUCAUUUAUCCUUAGUACGGUCUCAUUACGUUGUUCUAUUAUUUUCUAUCGUAUUUUUAUACUGGCCGGAAAUUUAUUAUGUGGCUUCAAACGUAAAGAAACACGGAAGUGCCCCUAGUAUUUUUAAUAUCUGCGGGACAAAGCUACGAACCGAAUAUUCGAGUUUAUGUUCGUAUACUCCGCGGGCGUAGUCGGAGAAGGAACAGCCGAUUGUUAAACGCGAGAUUUGUAACCUUAGAAAAGUUUAUAGAAGUUUUGUCGUACAGUUUGCGGUAGAUUUUCGGUGAUCUACUUCUCCUCCCCUCAAGCAUAUAUCACCGACACAACAACCGGAAAACGGAUAAUAUUAUUAAAAAGAGAAAGACCGGAAACUAGCUCAGAAUCUCGGUUUUUUCGGGGCUUCUUUUCCCGGCGCGGUUUACUAUUGUGUUAUUAUUAUUGUUUCUUUUUUUUUUCGCGUACGUGCGAUGACCGAAUUGGCGUGUGUACCUACGUGUUUUUUUUUCUCAAAAGUACUCCGUCGUGUUUGUAAAACAGACUUUCGUCUCGGGUGUCCGCGGCGGUCAUCGUCCGAAGUCGCGUAAACAACACAGACAAAAUAAAAAAAAAAUAGUUAGCGAUUGGGUGCGUGUUUCCGAAAACAUAUUUAUUUUUGUUUAAAUUCCGACGCGUGCUGCGAGACGAAAAUUAAAAAACAGCUGCCGUGGCCCCGUGUUAAUAUUUAAAUAUUAUUUAGUUGAAUAUGGAAAAAAAAAUGAUAAUAAUACCGCUUCCCGGUAAUAUACUCGGUCUUGUACCUACCGACAAAAAAAUUAAAAAAAAAAAAAAAAACGGGCGAUAACGUUAAAAAAAAAAAAAACAAAGCUGACAUUGCUGAUGGGCGUGCCACUGUUUUUAAGAACACGAUUAGAAUAUUGAGGAUAUAACAUUAUAGAGCGUAAUUUAAUUUCUGUUUGUAAAAUAAACCGUUGCUAAAACGUUUCUGAACGGAGUGUUACACAUUUUCCAUGACCCGGAAAUCGACGGAAAUCACCAAACAACAGUUUGCCGGUUUUUCCGAUUUAUCGAGACGACCCGCUCGAGGAAAAUCGAGAACGCUGCGGGCGGGAAGUUCCGAUAAAAUUUUCGAUCGGAGCGAGAUUAUUUCCGGGUAGAAAAGUCGGAAGAAUUUAUGAAAAAACACGCGCGCCAACGAGUACGAAAAAUUCCUCGGAAGAACGUGUAUAAUUAUUGUUCGCGGUCGCGUAAAAAAUCGUGUUUCCGGCCCCGCCCGUUUCUAGCGCGCGCGCACAGCAUCUCGCAAUGAUAAUGAUAAUAAUAACGAUGUGGCACCACACAUACGCGGUUUUAAUAAUAUUUAUAUUAUGGAAAUCGAUUCGUUUGACCUUCCUCGGUGUGUAUCGGGUGUACCCGGAUCCGGGAAGAGUCGGCGGGCCCGAAACGUGCGUAAAGUCCGGUCCGCACGAACGAUAACAACGGUCCCGGUAUAAUCGCGACAGUGUACGGUAAUCGCGAUAGUAGACGCGUCGACAGGUGGUUAGGUUAACUAGCUAUGAUAACAUCGCGUGAUAGUAAAAACGGCGCAGCAGGCGAUAGUCACGAUUCGGACACGUCGUUGCGUCCGGUGCAGUCCGAGGGUUCGAACAGGCGGGGGAGGCAAGUAUUCACUUGUCCCCCCCCCGUGUGCUAAAAAAUUGUUCCGAAUAAACAAACGCCCGGGCGAAAACUCCGCGUCUUUUUGUAGGCUUGUACUCCUCGAGCGCCGUUCGCGCCUAAUAAAAAAAAAAAAAAAAUAACAAAACCGUUUGUCCGAAAUCGAUAAUACUCAGUAGGUGCCUAAGGCAUUUGAUCAAAAGUAGGAUUCUCCGUCAGUUCGCGAUUUCGCGCUGUUUUUAUUUUCUUCGUCCGGAUUCGCGUCACGGCGCUAUAGCGAACGGGCCACUGAAAAUCGGAAAAAUGGAACCAUCUCCGUUAGGUUUUCCCCUUGUUUUUCCUGUAAUACGUUUGCCGUUUAAUUACCGGAUUUUUACCAUUGUUCUCACUGGGGGGGGCUCACUGUAAACGUACUAAUAUCAUGCACAUUUAUCGAAUAAAAAAACAAAAAAAAAAAUUAUAACAUUAUUUUUAUACGCGAGCGCGAGCGGCGCACGGCAUAACACAUUGUACCUACUUUAAAUAAAACUAUUCCAUAUCGGACAUUUUUUUUAUAAUUAUUGGUUAUUGUUCUCGACCUUUCGACUAGCACACGCAUUGCGGCGCUCUCGCGGUGUAUCGAUUAAUCGGAAAUUCGUCCGUAGUCCGAUUCCGAUGUUUUUGUGUUAUAUUCGUUUAUAUUUGCUACGGUUCGGUCGGAAAGCGUAAAAUAAUAUUAUUGUUAAAUAAUUUUUGUCUCGUUGUUGAACACUUUUUUUGGCACUCACUACCUCAAAAAAAAAAAAAAACGCGACAUUUCUACCGGGUUAAACCAGAUCACUUUAUUUCAGACGUUUAUCGUCAUUUUGCCGCAUUUCGUCCGUCUCUUUUUUUUUUUUCCUGUUAUUGUCAUUUACUUCUUUAUGUCGAUUUCCGGGUUACGUCGCGGUAACAAUGGCGGAAACGCGCGACUAUAAUUCUACUCCGUUCAGAAUCGUUUUUUUUUCUGUGUUGCGUACAGUAUAUACACAAGUAACCAAUCAAAUUACCGACCGGGUAUAUUGUGGUCACUCGAGUUUUAGAUUUUUGGACGGAACGAGAAACUUCUCUACACCGAAAAAUCUCGCACGGAAAACUUUGAAGGGCUACUUUUUUUGCUGCGCGGGUCGGUGGUAGGUUCGUUUUUUACGCGAACGAUAUUAUCUGUCUCGGGGGGGGGGGGCUACCUCGACAUCGAGCGGAAAAAAUACAACCAUAUGAAUAGUGCAAUAUUUAACACUCCGUUCGGAAUCGCUUUUCGUUAGCAAUGACGGACGUCGAAAUAUUUUUAUCAUGCGCUAUCUAUCCACCGCUCAUCAACAAUAUUGGCUUUUUUUUUUUUAUUUAUUUUUUUUUUUUCUGUUAAUUAUUUUUCCGCGUCAAAUUUGUACGUUUCAAUCAAUCGCCGCACAUUAAAAGAACGUAGGUACUAAAACGUUUGUUCGCCCCGUAAGUAGGCAGGCAGGCAGGGUAGAUGGGAGGACGACGGGCGGUGACGGUGUCCGGAAACGACGACUAAUUUAAAACCGUCGUUACAGCCGAUUAUAAACGAGAGUUUUGUUUUUUUACGAAUAUAAAUAAUAAUUAUUGUAGUUUAUUGGCCACAGUGCGUCGCGAACAACAGCGCGGAAUUAAUUUAAAUAAACGUUCGCGUGUUGUUACGUAUGUAUAUAUGUAUAUUUUUUUAUUCUGUCAGAGCCACGCGCAUAAUAAUAAUCGUGUAAAUCGUCCGGGGUCGAAAAAUUAAACGCGCGAAAUUUUUUUUGCCCGUACACGCGACAGUAAAACGACGACAGAGCCAGAGGGUAGGGUAGGGGAAAUUAGGUAUUCUAAUUUAUUUGACGUCGUUCGAAAAACGUAUACGAAUUUUUUUUAUUAUUAUUAUUUUCUUAUUUUUGUUUCUGCAUACGGCGACACGGCGACAAAAAAUCGCGACGAGACAAAAGCGAACGGAGUGUCGGGUUUCCUGGUUUUUCUGGUGUAUAGGAUUUUUUUUUUUUUUUUUAAUGUUAUUAUUUGCAAAACCGCGCGCACACGUUCCGGAAUCGAUGACACACGCGAAAUAUGUAAUUUUUUUUUUCCGCUACAUUAUAUUGUCGAACGCCCUUUUUUUACACUCCUCUCGCUCACUCCCGAUCGCUUAUACGCGGUAUUUUUAUUAUUAUUAUUUUUUUUUAUUGUUGUGUAUUAUAAUGUAAAUGACGUGUUUUGUCGUCGUCGUCGUCACCGUACUUAUCGCGCGCCUACGUUCCGGGAACGCGCCGCGUAUACCACGUGCUCCAAAGUGUUGAGUCUCGUGCGCGUGUGCAUACAGCGCGGUCAAGUGUCUGGUAUUUUUGGUGGGUUAAACGUGUCUAGAAGAGAAAAAAAAAAACCGCCGUGCCGGAAAUGCGCGAACCCCACAAACCGUAUCCGCGCGGGGGUUCGGAGUUUUCGCCGUCCGUUUUAGAUCCGAGCGCGGGGUAGGGGGCCCGAGAGGUUAAAGAGUUAUAUCACUCCCCCCCCUCCCUCCCCUGACACCCGUCGGUUAGAUAUCACUGUUGCGGGAAACCUGUUGGUUUUUGCGAUUACGUCUUGAAAUUCGUAUAUUUCGUCGGGUAUCGUUACCGGUUUGACGGAUUUUGCGGUUUAUUCGACCCGCGAACCGUAUCGGUAAUUAUCAUACGCGUUUAUACUGCGCCGCGUCCCCUCCCGUUUCGUUUUAUUUUUUUAUUUUUUUUUUUUUCAAAUUCCCGCACGCGCGUUUAGAGUCCAAAUUAACGGACUAAUAUAGCAGGUCGGAGUUUGGUAAACUAAAAAAAACCUCUUCUUGAAACGCCCUCCGAAACCCGAAAACGUGUCUCGGACGCGGCCCCGUUACAAUAAAACACGAGUGCCCGGAUACCUCGCGCCUAACCGAUUUCGUUACCGGGAACAAUAAUUUAUUGCGAAUGAUAUUUUCCACGCGCGGUCGACGGGGUGGGUCGGUCGGUCGGUACGCUGACCAAAAGUUGUUUGGACCGCGCGCAUUGUACUCCACUAUACCGUAUUUUGUACGAUUGAUGAAACACUUUUUGCGCGUCAUGCGCACAUACUAUUCUGUACGGGUCGGUGAAACGGAAUAAUAAAAUAUUAUGAUCGUCGCGAGCGGACGGGUAGAAGAGAGGAGUGGAUACGAAUACGGUUUUUUUUUUGUGGCGGCGGUGUCGGGUACCUACCGAACGGCGCACACACGCUUUGGCACACUUGUUAAACGUUUGAAUUUUUUUUUUUUUUCUUCUGCUGUUUAUUUAUCGACACAUCGAAUUUCCGGUACGUAAAAUUAUUGUUAUUUACGCGAUACCGGAAUGCCGAGGAGUGGAGUGCCAGACAAACGGCCGCCGCGGAGACGGCGAGGAACCGUGUUCGAUUAAUAUUUGAAAUCGUUCACGAAACGGGUUAAAACGUACGCGAACAAAACGUACGAAAUACAAAAACGCACCGUCGAAGUCGUCCGGUCCGCGCGUUCUUUUCCCCCACCAGCGGUUUUCCGUAUUGUUUUAGCGGCCACCUACAAACCCGACGACAAUGAAACGCGUUUAUCAUCCGGUACGUUCGGAAUUUACUACUCGCUAUAAUAACGUGAGCGUGUACAGUCAAUAGAACAUGGUAAAACUGUUAAGUAUCAUACCAUACCAUACCAUACCAUACGAACCGACGACGACGUGCAUUUCCGUUUAGACGCGCGUGUAAAAUAAUUAUUAUUCGUAUGCAAAACGCGCGUGUGGUGUCUCAAUAUGGUAGAAAAAAAAAAAACACCCGCACACGUAUUAUUGUCAUUGUAAAAAAAAUAACGCGCUGUUGCGACAGAUGCCUUUUCACGUAUCCUCGGUGUACGAAUUUUGUCGUAGCGCAGUGUGGUAAUGUGUUUCGUCGGGACGGGUCCCCCCCCCCCCUCUAGGGAAACAUUUUUUCGGCUGUAGUAAAAAAAGUUUUGUCGAUUUUGUUGUCCUAUAUCAAAUGCUUCGAUCUUAAACGUGCGAAUUUCCAAACGAUUAAAAAAAAUGAAAUAAAAUUUGGUUUAAUUGUUUAUCGCUUCUGGAUGACCGUCGUCACGACCACAACUGUCCUUGUUGCCGGUUUACCGCGAGUUCCGCUCGGUAUCGGUUUUUGAUUGCAGUGGUUUAUCGUUGCUAUAAUAGAAAUUAAAUUAUUCCGUAACAUCUCUCAUACUUUCCGCCUACAAGUAUGUGUAACGUUUUUUAUUUUACGUUUUCAAUUCGGAAAUCGCUUUUUUUUUUUUUAAACUAAGAAUUUUGAAAAUUUCACCAUUCCCCCCCCCCUCUAUCGGCCAAUGUGUGAUUUAGAUAGAUCCUGAAAACUAUCUAAAUCGCGACUAUUCUCGAUUUUUUUUUUUUUUUUUACCGCGUUUCGUUUUUCCAGAGUAAUCGCUGAAAACAAUUAUUGUGUCCGAUAGACGUUCGACCAUUUUCGUUUUGACGCGUUUUUUUAUUGUCCGUGUUUACGUUCGACCGCCGAAAACGGUAGACGGAUCUUUAAUAGCCGACGUUUUUUCGGUUCUCCGGCGGCAGACGAUGAACAUCUCGCCGAACGACAGAGACGAAAAAAAAAUACGAAAACCGCUAUAACCGGGACCCCUCCCGGCGUGUUUUGCGCAGGUAUAAACACGAGACGAACAAAAAAUAAAAAAAAAAAAAAUGCUCGAAAUACACAAUAGGACGAGAGGACGACACUGACCGUUAUUGCGUGUAUAACGUAUUUGGCAACGAUAUCGCUUGCUAUAAAAAAAAAAAAAAAUAAAUAAAUAAUAAAAUUGCGUGGUGUGCGCAUGAGUACGAUUGCCGGCCAAAAAAAAAAAACCAUUUUUUAUCCCAAUCGAAUUUUUACUAUUAACUCUCGGCCGGAUGUCGGCUUCGUUAAAACGAGACUCGUUUUGUAUUGUCUUAAAAAGGAAACCCCGCGGUCCCGCCCGUAGGUCAUUGUCGAGGGGGGGACCGUUGUAACUUUUUUUUUUUUCUUACUGUCGUAAAAAUACAAUAAUAUAUUGGCGGUCGGUCUGUAAUACUAAACCUGAUUUUUGUUUUCUGCAGAUCGAAACUCUAAAGGCGUCAUGAAACUGAUGCCCCUGACUCCGGGUCAGGUAUCGACGAUAACGCGGCCCUCGGCCACAGGUGGCGGAGGAUUCGGCGGAGGCGGCCUGAUAGGCAGCGGCCCAGGGACCAACGGCACCGGCCCAGGGAUGACAAACAACGCGGCGGCCGCCGCGUUCGUGUUCAACAGCGGAGCCGCCGCCGCCGCCGACUUGUUCUGGCGGUAUCACCAUCACCACCCGCACCCCGGCGGUGCGUUCAACUUUCCACCUUCGCCGACCCUGUUGCCUCCGACGCCUUUCCCGUCGCCGCUCGACUUCAAACACCACUUGCCCGCCAACUUGAGUGAGUAGAGCCCGCCGUGUAAUCCAACCUAUAUCGUGUUCCGUUUUCCGUCUCACAACAAUAAUUAUUAACGGUGGGUUUUCCUUCUGGUCCACAGUCACCGACCCCAGGAUUUGGACCAAAGAAGACGUGAUGGCGUUCAUACAGUGGGCCGAAAUCGAAUUCGAUUUACCGCGGUUCGACGCUGAACUCUUCCAAAUGAACGGCAAAGCGCUGUGCCUUUUGACCAAGCAAGACUUGGGCGAACGGUGUCCGCCCGCCGGUGACCUUCUUUACAACGUGCUACAACUGUUGCGACGCGGUGGCGAUAUGAUCGGCACCGGCAGCGCCGGGCACAUGCCCAGCAGCCCUGUUGCUUCGCACUUUCCGUUCAGCCCCACUUGGUGCCUUCCCCCGGCACCGUCUUCGCCGGCCGUUCUCAGCCCGGCACCUUCCAUAGACAGCCAGUCGGAAAGCCCUCGGCACAUGGACUACCAACAACCGCCCACCUCAGUCGGCCAUCAUCUCACACCUAGUGUAUCUAUAUUUCCAACUACCCAGCCAAUCGGUAAGUGUUCACCGAAAACCGUCUGUUUGACAUUAUUGAUUUUAUUUCCUGUUUACCGAUUUAUAAUUUUUUUUUUUUUUACACACAGGGUACUCGAACAACGGUGGCACAAGCUCCGGUGGCAGCAAUCAAUCAGAUUCGGACCCAGAAGAAUCGUCGGCUAGUAGCGGAACACUAAAUCUGCCGCCACCGCCCACGCCUACCACGCCAUCAUCAUCCACAUCACCACCGCCAUACUCUCCUUCCACACCCAAACAAUCCAAUGGAAAUAUAUUCUUUCCGUCCGGCGAUUCAAACUCAAUCGAACCAAACACGAGUAUGUAUAUUUAUUCGUUUUCUCCAUUCAAAACAGAUUUAUCAAUGGAUAUUAUAUUAAACACAAUUGUUUUCAGAUGGUCGUCUGUUGUGGGAUUUUCUCCAGCAGUUAUUAAAUGACACCCAUCAACGUUUCACCAGUUUUAUAGCUUGGAAAAAUCAAGAAAUGGGAGUAUUUAAGAUCGUCGACCCUCCAGGUCUUGCCAAACUUUGGGGCAUCCAGAAGAAUCACUUGUCUAUGAAUUAUGAUAAAAUGUCCCGAGCGUUACGUUAUUAUUAUAGGGUAAACAUUCUCAGGAAGGUCCAGGGUGAAAGACAUUGUUACCAGUAAGUGAAUUGUUGUUAAUUUUGGCUAAUUAUUGUAACUGUUUUUAACAAAAUUUGUUUUCUUUUUUUGUGUGUAGGUUUCUUCGUAAUCCGAGUGAAUUGAAAUGCAUAAAAAAUAUAUCACUUUUGCGCCAACAAAUGGCAUCUUCGCCACAAACACCUACCACGACUACUGCUAAACUCGAAUCAACAACGGGAGAUAUGUCUGACGAAGAUUACAAACCAACUGACUUGAGCAUGCCAUGCCCACCCACCUCGUGGCAAGAAGGCCCUCAAGAUUUGUCGACUUCAGCGACCAGUUCAUCAAUGCAAUUACAGCUCAACAUGUCUACUUCAAUGACACCACCUGUGUCUUCUGAAAUAGCUAAAACGACUGUUAAACUCGAACAAGCUUCUUAACAUGGUCUCUUUAAUCCCUUCUCCCCCACCGUGCGCCUAAAUUGAUUCAGCGUUUACAAGUUUUACUCAAAGAAAAAGUGUUUAUUAUAUAGAUAUAGUUAUAUUUUUUCUAAUUAUGUUACCAGUUGAAUGUUUUAAUUUGUACGCUAACCACGAACUGUUUCCAUACCUAAUUCCUAAUGGUAUGUUCGGGGUGCAAUUUAAACAGGGUAUUUAAAUAUAUCCUAAAUACAGAAAUUUAAUUUUAAUAUUGAGUUAUUAACAGUGUCCAGACUGCGCCGAUGACACAUCACUUAAGACUGUCGCACAACGAAAUACAUUAUAGCGCAACGAUUAUGAUAUUUUGCAUUGACAGAAUGUUACGUUACCAGUAGGAUAUUAUGUUUUUUUUUUUUAUAUAUAUACAUAUAUAUUCAAAAAAUUAAAAUAAAUUUGACUGACAUUACACAAAAUGUUGACCAGUUAAAGUUUGUGCGAGAAAAACAUGUCUGAGACUUUGGAUUAUAUUUUUAUACAAUUAUGUAUUGCCCAAUAUGUUAAGAUUUUUUUUUUUUUAUUAAGUAUAAGCAAAUAGGUGAUUGAUAAAAACAAGUGUCUUCCUCAGUUUAGAAAAUUAAAAUUUGAUAAAAAAUAAUUAUAAUUUAAAGAAUAUGUUGUUAUAAUUUGUUGAUUUAUGUAAAUAUUUCUAUUAAAAUAAAUUUAUUAUUAUUUUUUAAUUAUAUAAUUUAAUACCUCAUAAGUUGUAUUACUAAGUAGAUUUAUUAACCUUAAUAUUAUUUGACUGGAUUAUCCGAAUUGUAUAUGCUGUUAUGUCUUUCAGUGGCGUAUGGCCAACUCUCUACAUAUUUAUAUAAAUUAAUAUAUAUAUUUAAAUAUAUAAUAUAUUAUUAUAAUUGUACAACGAAAAUGUGAUACCCAAAUUUGUUCAAUCAAACAAUUUAAAUUUAACUUGUGAUGGGUAAUUUAACAAAAAAAAAUAUAUCGUUUUUUUUUUUUUUCAUUCAAUAAAAUGAGACUUGUUUUUUAUAUUCAUUUUAUAUAAUUAUAUUAUACAUAUAUGUAUAUAGCUGUUGUCUUCAAUACAUUUUUAGUUUUAAGUUAACAUUCCUCAACAAAUCAAUCCUUAAAGUAUGUAAUAUACAUAUAUAUUAUUUUUUGUUUGUAUCGAUAGUGUAAAUUGUGUAGAACCGUGCAAAAACAAAUCAUUAAAAAAUGUUUCUGCAUAUUUACAUGUAUGGGUGAAACUUUAUUUUUCUGGUUUACUUGCUUUAGUAAUAUGAGAAACAUAGUGUGCUGUUUGUUUAUGAAAUUGUUUGUUAUCAAAAUUGUUUGUAAUGCAAACAUGCAAAAGAGGAAUGUAUAUAAAUUGUCAUUGUUAACGAUAUUUGCAUGGUGACCAUGCUACAUUACUCGUAUAUAGUUAAAAAUGUUGUAUUAAUAACGUUAAAAUUAUUUUUUCUUGUUGUAUUUUUUAGUAGUAUUAUUAUAAGAUGUGGUCUCAUGUUCAGGGUUUAAUGAAAAUACAUUUUAUAAAAUAUUUUAUUUAAGAGUUUAUGUACCUUAAGCUCACUUGUUGUAAACUCACGGGUAAAAACUUUAAGAAUUUGUUUUUUUUUUUUUUGGAAACAAUUUUCAUUGAUUGUAUGUUGUUUUGUAGAGGUUUAAAAUUAUUAUUUAUUGAUCUCUCAUCUUUCUCGAAAAAAAAAAAAAUUAAAAAUUAUUUAAACCGAAAAGAAAAGAUUAUUUAAUAGUCUAUUUUGUAUUGCAUAAUAUAUUAUUAUUAUAUCAUUUUUUUAGGGUAGUAACUAUAAUAGAUUUAUUGAAUAUAAAUAUUGAUGUGUAUGUUACAUACAUAAUUAUAAAUAAAAAAUAAUAUU